AUCCGACAGGAGAAUGAUGACAAUGUACUGACUUUAAUUCAUCCAUUCGACCUUUCUCCACGUGCGGAGACCCCAGAUUCUAGAGCUAAAACACUGCAUACCACCUACAUACAUAUUGCCCUCCCCCGGUCCUUGGACACAACUCGUCUUCCAUUCGGGCAUUCAAGCAAGUCUCAAGGACAUUCUUCCAUUCGAUAUCGACAGCAAGAAGAACAGAUACCAACAUGGGAGGAUUCCUAACAUUGGUCGAGGACCGACCGACGCCGAAGGCGGUCUACAACUGGAGAGUCUACGCAUGCGCUGCUGUUGCUUCUUUCGCAUCAUGCAUGAUUGGUUACGAUAGUGCCUUCAUCGGCACGACAUUGGCUUUGCCAUCCUUUGUCGAUGAGUUCGACUUCCCAUCUCUGUCAACAUCAGCAUUGGCUCUCGUCAAGGCAAACAUUGUCUCCAUCUACCAGGCUGGCGCAUUCUUCGGUUCUCUCUUCGCGUACCCUUCAGCAUACUUUGUUGGCCGGAAAUACAGCUUGAUCCUUUUCUCGCUAGUAUUCAUCCUCGGCGCCGGCAUGAUGUUGGGCGCCAAUGGAGACCGUGGCCUUGGUUUGAUCUACGCUGGACGUGUCCUGGCUGGAAUUGGUGUCGGUGCAGCAUCUAUGCUGACGCCCAUUUACAUUUCGGAAAUUUCUCCGCCAGCAGUGCGAGGCCGAAUCGUCGGAAUUUAUGAGCUGGGAUGGCAGAUCGGUGGCCUGGUUGGCUUCUGGAUCAACUAUGGCUUGCAGGAAACAAUGGCACCCAGCCGCAAGCAGUGGCUCAUCCCAUUCGCGGUCCAGCUUAUUCCAGCUGGCCUCCUUCUCAUCGGAGCUUUCUGGCUGCACGAGUCUCCUCGAUGGCUCUUGAGCAGGAACAGGCGUGCAGAGGCGAUCAAGAAUUUGACUUGGAUCCGAAAUCUCCCAGCCGAUGACCUUUACAUUGUCGAAGAAGUGGCCAUGAUGGAUGCUGCUUUGGAAGCCCAAGCAGCUGAUAUCGGUCUUGGAUUCUGGAAGCCAUUCAUCGCAGUCGGCCGCAGUCGCAAGGUGCAAUGGCGCUUCCUUCUUGGUGGUCUGCUGUUCAUGUGGCAGAACGGAUCCGGUAUCAACGCGAUCAACUACUAUUCGCCCACGGUAUUCAGGGCCAUUGGUGUUACUGGAGUCAACGCAGGCUUUUUGACUACUGGCAUCUUUGGUGUUGUCAAGACUGUGCUUACUUUCGUCUGGAUGUUCUGGCUCAUUGACAACCUCGGUCGACGCAACCUGCUCAUGAUCGGAGCUGCCGGUGGCUCUGUCUGCAUGUGGAUCAUUGGUGGCUACAUCAGCACAACUGAUACUUCUGCUGCUGCUCAAGCAGAAGCCGCGAACUCUGGUCUCAGCUCCGGAGGCAUUGCAGCCAUGUUCUUCUUCUAUCUUUGGACGGCUUUCUACACUCCAUCGUGGAACGGUACUCCUUGGGUCAUCAACUCUGAGAUGUUCGACAUGAAUACUCGUGGUCUUGGCCAAGCCUCUGCUUCUGCCAACAACUGGUUCUGGAACUUCAUCAUCUCUCGAUUCACUCCUCAAAUGUUCAUCAACAUGGGCAACAGCGGAUGCGGAGUGUUCUUCUUCUUCGCCAGCAUGAUGUUGCUCUCCAUCGUAUUCGUGUGGUUCCUGCUUCCAGAGACCAAGUCCAUUCCACUCGAGUCCAUGGACCGCCUCUUCGAAAUCAAGCCAGUGCGCAAGGCGAACAAGAUCAUCAUUGCAGAGGACCAAUCAAGAGAUGCUGAGUUCAGACACAAUGUGGACGGUGCCGGCCUGACAGCCGCGAAGGAGAAGACGGACAUGAUUGAGACGAGCAGCGAGCGCAACAGCACCGUUUAGACGACUUUGCUUUAAAGGAUAAUAUGAAAGUUAUGUUCUCAGUAGCAUGAGAUUUGAGCAUAUUCUGCAUAGAUCAUUGACGGCCGAUUGAGCAUAGCUCUCGCGCAUGAAUGUAUGAGAAACCAUUUCACGAAUGCUGUGUGUUCCACUUCUUGCGACGGCCUCCCUCCUCUCACUGGUAGCAGAGCUCUUGUUAUGCAUGCUCGCAUUUGGCCCUAUGACACACAUGUGUUCAAGGGCAUCAGACGGUGGAACGAGAGGCAUGCGCAGAACAUCAGGACC